CAUCAUCUUGUGCAUCGCAUCAGUUUUGUUUUCGAAACAUCGAGAAGAGUGGGGCACUUAAUCCAGCUAAACUCUAGUCCUAGCUUAGUCUCUCAUGUCAAACAGCCUGAUCAUGGCGCAAUCUGGACAGUCUGCUCCGUCUGGAACCCUGACAGGCCCUGCCAAACUGGAUGCUGUCACACGGCUUCUAGACAGGCUAGCAGAAGACCUCAAGUCUGCCACACUCCAACCCCAAGAACGCGACACUGCCCUCGAGGAAUUGAAAGUAUAUGGUCGCGAUCCUCUCUAUGCAGACCCUAUCUUCACCAGAAGCGGAAUAGAAACUUUAGCGAGACAUGCGUUUGACAGUCAUUCAGAAACAACAUCACGGAACGCUCUCAGGGUACUCUGUAAUGCCAUGCUGCUCAAACCCGAAGCACGCCAGGCCUUCGUCGACAUAGGAUACGAAGCCAAAGCCUGCAGCCGACUCAGGACGGAGAAUCCAGACGAUGAGUUCCUGCUGUCCAGGCUCAUCUUCCUCACAACCUACGGUACAAGCAUCAAUCUACCAAGUCUGAUAGAGCAACACCACGUGGCCGACUCUAUUAUCCAAAACCUCUCAAGGCACGCCGCCCGGUUUUCCACAGGAAAACCAGCCACGAGUCCAAUGGAGGACAUGGCCUUGGUAGAAACUCUGAAGCUCCUUUUCAACGUAACCCGCUUCUGCAGUGACCAUACCAGCUUCUUCGACCCUGCAUUACCGCACAUCACGACCAUCCUUUGCGCUCUUGACCUCCCAACACCACAAGCCCAAAGCCCCCUAGAUCCUCCUUUCAGCCCGCUCAUCAACGCGCUCAUGAACCUCGACUUCAGCACCCCGACUGCCCAAGCCGCCCUCUACCCCGCCUCAACACCCACCUCCGUCGCCGACCCUCUCAUCCAAUUGCUCGACAUCUCCAUGAAACGCUACACCGACACUAACCUCGACCAACUCGUCACUCCGCUCAUCUGCGUGCUCUCAAUGCUCUACGACCAUGCACCAUCACCAUCACCGUCACCGCCCAGAACUGCGGAUGCGACCAGCAGCAGCGUGGACGUACGUUGCUUCGUCCAGGAGCGCCUCCUCCCCACCGAAGAAGACCGGAAAACGGUCCUCGGGCGGAGCGACACGCUGCCUUCGCGGUUGCUGCGUAACUGGACGAACCCCCUGGCGCCCGAGUUCAGGAAGCAGAUUGCCCGCUUCUACUUCGCCAUCUCGGGUAAGGACGUGGUACGCUUCAUUGAAAACGUGGGAUACGGCUACGCGAGCGGCUUCUUGUUUGAGAACAAGAUUCCUCUUCCCGAAGGGGCUGCUGCCGGGGGCAGCGCGAGUGCCAGGGAAGGCGAGGCCGCCGGGGUAAGGAGGGCGGUGAAUCCGAUCACGGGUCAGUUCCUCGACGAGGAGAGAUAUCCGGAUCUUCCGGAGAUGACGGAUGGGGAGAAGGAGCGCGAGGCUGAGAGGUUGUUUGUGCUGUUUGAGAGGCUGAAGCAGACGGGCGUUAUGUCGGUGCAGAACCCGGUUGAAAAGGCCGUGCAGGAGGGUCGGUUCGAGGAGUUGCCUGACGACGCUGAUGAAGAUAGUGAUGCUGUUGAGGACCUAGAUUAG